AUGUCGCUGCGCCACAUGCGGCGAACGGCGGCGCUGCGGCAGAGCGAUGGAAACCUCUCUUUAAUUGCGGUUUCUGAUUCUUCUGGUGAGGAUUCAUCGACGACAGCAGCUCAAUACAACUCAAAAACACAAAAGAAAUCUGUGUUUCUCGCCGCAGCAGCAGCACUCAGCAGCGACGAAGAAGAAGCAGACGAAGAAAGCCCCCCCUCUUCACCAGAAAGAGCUUCAGGUGUACAGACAGCUCCUCAGAACUCUGGCGAUGGAUCGAGCAGCCAGAGCAGCGGGAGAUCGCGCAGCAAAAACCGACGGAAACGGCGUUCUCCUGCUGCAGCAGCAGCAGCACCAGCAGCAGCAGCAGCAGCUGCUGCUGCUGCAUCUGCUGCAGGAGAAGCAGCAGCAACGCCAGAUGCAGCAGCAGCUGAGAGAGCAGCAGCUGCUUCUUCGUCUCCUUCUCUUCGUUUGGAUCCAUCAGAAGAAAGGGAACGACCGUCAGAAGCAAGUGAAGCAUCUCCCUCUCCUCCCGCCUCUCCCGCUGCUGCUGCUGCUGCUGCUGCUGCUGCUGCUCUGCACAUGGAGAGGGCAGCGUUUGACGUGGAGGCCGAUCUGAGGAGAAUCUUUGGGCGGGAAAUCUCCAGGACGGCGAGAUCAGCUGGGCGAGGAUCGCUGCGCUCUCGCCGUCACUGGCUGGUUCCUCAGGUGUCUAUACAGCCGAUGGUAUGCGAGUGGUUGCGUAUGCGUGUAAUAGAAGACAACAUAUCGGGUCAUUUUUAUUUUUGUGUGGAGUAUACUGAGGCGUACGAGCGGGCUUACCCUUUGUUUAUAUCGGCGGUUCAGUCUUUUGACUUGCUGCAGCUGCAGCUGUUCUGUAGAGAGCACCGCCACCACCCCGAAGCUCUUUUGUAUCUCUCGCAGGCGCUGGCUGCUGCUGACCGCCGCGAGGAGUCUUUUGCUGUUCUAUCGGAUGCAGGUCUAGGGUUUACGGUUGAAGGACAUUGGUUUGUUGUUUAA